AUGAAGACUUAUCUCUCCUUUUCUUUCUCUUUCUCAUUUCGUUCUUUCUUAAUCUUUCUUCUUCUUUUUUCCUACAUUCUCUUCUCUUUCUUUCUUUCUCUCUUUCUUUCUUUCUUUCUUUCUUUCGUUAUCUCCCAUUCAUACAUUUCUCUCUUUCUCUUUUCCUCUCCUUUUCUCUUUCUCUACAUUCUUUUCUCUUUCUUUCUGUCUGUCUUUCUUUCUUUCUUUCUUUCUUUCUUUUCUUCUAUUAUCUCUCUCAUUUUGUCACUAUUCAGACACGCCUUUCUCUUUCUUUCUCUCUUUCUUUCUUUCUUUCUUUCUUUCUUUCUUUCUUUCUUUCUUUUCCUCUUCUUUCCUUUUUUCUUUUCCUGCAUUAUUUUCUCUCUCUCUUUCUCUCUUUCCUUCUUUCUCUAUAUUUCCUCUUUCCUUAUCUCUUUCAUUACAUUGAUUUCUCUCUUUCUCUCUCUCCCCCUCCUUCUACUCCUCCUCCUCCGCCUUCUCUGCCUUUUUUCUCGUCUCUUUUAUCUCUUUUUUCUCACUCCCCAGUUCUCUCACUUCUACACACACUCUCGUUCUUCUCUCUCUUUUCGCAUGUGCGAAUAUGCAUAUUCUUUAUGCAAGCGUGUAAAGGAUAUUUACUCAGGUUAUCUUAGUGUGACAAAAGGCCAAAAGAAAGAGAGUAAAUGGGCUAAAGAAGAUACACCAAUCGCCUAA